CCGGCGUCGAUAUUUCGUCAGGGUCCUGGUUACAGGUAUCGUAGGGAUGCAUGAUGAAUAUUGCCCGUUCUCCUGUGGCCAUGCCGCCACCUGUGAACAGCAGUGCCUCUCGCAACCAGCCGAGAUAGACGCUCGACACACGGGCUUCGAGGCAAAAACGUUCGAUUCUACACCCGUUAUUCGAUCUCUACAGACGCAAUACUCGAUAUGCUUACCUCUUGCCCCUACACUCAGCUUCGCCCCGAGUGGGUUCGUAUCGAAAUACUGAACAGUCCAACACGGCGAUAUCGUUAUCUGUCAGUCUUGUAGCGCCUGCUCUGACUAUUGUUUCUAACUUGCGUAUAAACAUUCUGUAAAGAGAAGACUAGCUUGAGGUUGUAGCCUGAUACUUCGUUGCAGGAGUGAAAGAGAUUCGAAGUGUUGAAAGAGUAGUAAAGUAACGUAUUGGUUCGAGUUCUAGAAGAUAGUAGAGAAGGGCGGUCGAUAAUGCAA